ACUGUUUUGCAGCCAAAAUUGUGAGGCACUAUGUGCGAUGACGAUGAAACCACUGCCCUUGUAUGUGACAAUGGUUCUGGGCUUUGCAAAGCUGGGUUUGCAGGAGAUGAUGCCCCGAGAGCUGUAUUUCCAUCCAUCGUUGGCCGUCCUCGACAUCAGGGUGUUAUGGUUGGAAUGGGUCAAAAAGACAGCUAUGUAGGUGAUGAAGCGCAAAGUAAGAGAGGGAUCCUGACGCUGAAGUAUCCCAUUGAGCAUGGAAUCAUCACUAACUGGGAUGACAUGGAAAAGAUUUGGCAUCAUUCUUUCUACAACGAACUCCGGGUUGCGCCGGAGGAACACCCCGUCCUGCUGACCGAGGCCCCCUUGAAUCCCAAGGCCAACCGUGAAAAAAUGACUCAGAUUAUGUUUGAGACGUUCAAUGUGCCGGCCAUGUACGUAGCAAUCCAGGCAGUGCUGUCUCUGUACGCGUCUGGAAGAACGACUGGAAUAGUUUUGGAUUCUGGGGAUGGUGUCACGCACAACGUGCCCAUCUAUGAGGGCUAUGCCUUGCCUCAUGCCAUCAUGAGACUCGAUCUGGCAGGCAGAGACCUGACUGACUAUCUCAUGAAAAUUCUUACAGAGAGAGGCUACUCUUUUGUCACCACUGCGGAACGGGAGAUUGUGAGAGAUGUCAAGGAGAAGCUUUGUUAUGUGGCUUUGGAUUUUGAAAAUGAAAUGGUAACUGCUGCUUCCUCCGCCUCUCUUGAAAAGAGCUAUGAGCUUCCUGACGGACAAGUCAUCACCAUUGGGAAUGAACGGUUCCGAUGCCCAGAAACUCUCUUCCAGCCAUCCUUCAUAGGGAUGGAAUCUGCAGGUAUCCACGAAACCACUUACAACAGUAUUAUGAAAUGCGAUAUCGACAUCCGUAAGGAUCUCUAUGCUAAUAACGUCCUCUCUGGAGGAACCACGAUGUAUCCUGGGAUUGGCGAUCGUAUGCAGAAAGAGAUUACAGCUUUGGCUCCAAGUACUAUGAAGAUUAAGAUGAUUGCACCACCAGAACGUAAAUACUCUGUCUGGAUUGGGGGUUCAAUAUUGGCAUCUCUGUCCACUUUUCAGCAAAUGUGGAUCAGUAAAGAUGAAUAUGAGGAAGCUGGCCCCUCUAUUGUCCAUCGCAAGUGCUUUUGAAUACUUCCAUCGCCUGCUAUCAGUGAUAAGUAGUGCUGUUUCUCUCCACACCACCUGCCCUCAUUCACCUCUGAGGGUGGUUUGGCUUUCU